ACCGGGGAGUGUGAGUCUUUAUCUGGGUUCUGUUUCCUCCGUGGGGCACCAGGUCCUGGGCAAGAGAACUUGGCAGGCUCUCCCCAUGGCGGUCUUAUUCCUCCUUCUGUUCCUAUGUGGCCCCCCGCAGGCUGCUGCAGACAAUAUCCAGACCAUCUAUGUAGCCUUGGGGGAGGCAAUGGAGCUGCCAUGUCCCGCACCACCCACUCUGAGUGGAGACGAACUCCUGUCCUGGUUCCGCAGCCCUGCAGCAGGCUCCUCCACUGCCCUGGUGGCCCAAGUCCAAGUGGCCAGGCCUGGGAGGGGGCCUUCCCCAGAGCCUGGGAAGUCUGUAAGGGCAUCCAGGCUCAAACUGCUGGGGAACUACUCUUUGUGGCUGGAAAAGUCCAAAGAGGGAGAUGCCGGUCGGUACUGGUGUGCUGUUCUGGGUCAGCACCACAAGUACCAGAACUGGAGGGUGUAUGAUGUCUCCGUGCUCAGAGGAUCCCAGCUAUCCGCGAGGGCUGCGGAUGGAUCCCCCUGCUCCGUCCUUUUAUGCUCUGUGGCCCCUGCCAGACGCCUAGACUCUGUGACCUGGCUAGAGGGAAGGGGUCCUGUGAGGGGCCAUGUACAGUCAUUUUGGGGCGAUGGGGCUGCCCUGCUCUUGGUGUGUCCUGGGGAACAGCUCUCUGAGUCCAGGGAACAUAGACCAAGAAUCAUCAGCUGCCUCAUGCCUCAUAACAAAGGGGUCAGCUUUAGCCUGGCAGCCUCCAUGGAUGCCUCCCCUGCCCUCUGUGCCCGUGCCACGGGCUGGGAUGUAUCCUGGAUCCUGAUGCUGUUGCUUGCAGCAGGUCAGGGGUUCACCAUCCUGGCCCUCAGCAUCAUGCUCUGGAGACAGAGGGUCCAGAGGGCUCAGUGCAGAGAUGCCUCGAUUCCUCAUUUCAAACCUGAAAUCCAGGUCUAUGAGAACAUCCAUGUGGCCCGUCUCAGCCCACCUGCCCACAAGAUCAGAUGAUUUCGAUGACAUCUGCUGGGAAGUGUGACCUGCUGUCUCUCCAGCCAUCUGGCACCUGAAAGAUUCGCCUGAAAACCCUGGCAAGGGGGGAGGGGCUGAGAGUGCUACUUUACAGUCCAGCUGGUCUCCAGCAGUCAAGCUGUGUGUGUGUGUGUGUGUGUGUGUGCACGCAUGCUUGUGUGUUGGGGGGGGGGUUGCUGAAGGAAAGGAGAAGCAUUAUCUUGUGACAUCACCUAUGAGAAAGUGUGGUCUCCUGUUUUAUAAUAGCCAGUGAAGGGGUGACCCUAAGUGCCCAGUCCCAUGGGAUUGAGGGGAGCCUGGGGUAGGGGGCAGGGGGUGUGGAGGGGUGGGGAUGGACAGAGAGGAGACAGAAGAAUCCAGAGACUUGAGCAAUGGUGGAGUAUCAGUCUUGGGGAAACCAAAGGAUAAAUGGAGGAAAGUGAAGAAGAGAGAAGGCAAGGACUCAAGUAAGAGGAAGAGAUGGACAGAGAGAAACAAAUGGAAGCAUCAAGUAGGAGGAUGGAAUGACAGAGAGAAUGGGAAGAAGACUCAGGUGGCCUCUAAAUUAAGCCAGACCACCCCCCCACCUCCAAUCCUUCAUCCCUGCUCAGUCUCAUUUUCCCAGAGAAGAAGGUGAGGGAGAACAGGCACCUUUAAUCAGACCCCAGACUUCCUUGCAUGGAAGGGGAGGGCACUGAGUCAGGAUGAGGGGUGGCUGUGCUCAGCCCCCACCCUGAGCCACCCUCCUUAUCCUAGCACUUCAUUGUGGCAUCCGGAGUGGCAGAGGCUUAUCAACAUCCUGACAUCCUGGGAGCUCCAAGAGUCCCAUGGUAUCUCCCUGGGGAGAGGGAGUGUCCGCAAGGGUGGGCGGGUGGAUUCACUGGUGGGGUGUGUAAUUGGGCCCUGUGUGCUGGGCUGUCAGUGAACCCUGGACAAGUCUGGGCUGACCAAGCAGGGAAGGGCAUUGGUGCUCCCAACUGGUCCACUCCCCGGUCUCAGGCAGAAAGGAGCUGGACUCCCAGCCACAUCCUUUUGUGUGCUCAAGCUUGGACCUCAGUGGAGAAAAGCUUUCACAGGAGUGUCACCAAAAGCCUUCAUGCUACAGCAGCUUAAGCUGACCUGUUAGCAAGGAGGAGGACGGGAAUGACACAGAUGGAGAGUGAGGUGAAAGUUAGGGUUCUAGUCCCAGCACCCCAACCAAACCCACCAAGCAGCUAUAGUUUGCUUUUAGAGAGCACACGCACAUACACACCACACAGAGCAGUCCUAGACUCACAAAUAGCACUUUUAUUAAAUUUACUCUUCAUAGUUCCCCAAGAA